UUACACGAUACUCACAUCGAGAGCCAGACUCAUCACCUCGUCAUACGCCAUCCAGACAGGCGAUGUAUUCCUGUCCCAAUUGGUCCAUCUUUACCGCGAUGUGAUCGUUCAGAAGUGAGAGAGCGGUAUUGUCGUGUGAUGCUCAUUUUGUUCAAACCUUAA